UGCCUCCCUCUCGCUUCCACCCGGGUCCAGUUGGGGCCGGACGCAGUGGUGGGGGCUUGUAAACAUGGAGUCACAGGGCGCUGGGACUGCGGAGUCGUCCUCUCGAUUGGAGGCUCCGGCACCCACUGACGACCGGCUUUUCCUGGUUAAAGGUGGAAUUUUCCUUGGUACUGUUGCUGCAGCGGGAAUGCUAGCUGGAUUUGUUACAACAUUAUCGUUGGCUAAAAAGAAAAGUCCUGAAUGGUUCAAUAAGGGAAGCAUGGCCACGGCUGCCUUGCCAGAGAGCGGCUCUUCCCUUGCCUUGCGAGCCCUGGGCUGGGGCUCACUUUACGCGUGGUGUGGUGUUGGCGUGAUCAGCUUUGCCAUCUGGAAAGCUUUAGGAGUUCACAGUGUCUGCAUGUGCAACAUAUGGCGACUCCUAGGCUAGGGGUCCAGUUGGAACUGCAGCUACUGGCCCACGCCUCAGCAGCACCAGAUCUGAGCUGUGUCUGUAACCUGCACCAUAGCUCACGGCAACGCCAGAUCCUUAAUCCACUGAGCGAGGCCAGGGAUCGAACCUGUGUUCUCAUGGAUGUGAGUCAGAUUCAUUUCCACUGAGCCACCAUGGGAACUCCAAGAAAGAUCUUUUAAGAGAAGUAAUAUUACACCUUUUCUCUGGGACAGUAUUGGAUGCACUCUAAUAAAAGUUAUUUUCUCAAGCUCUUUAUUGCUGCUGCUAGGAGUACUUUUAUAUUAAUAUUUAGGCUCACUUCUUAAUUACCUAUGACCAGCUUGAGGGCUUUUGCCAAGUGCAAUCACAUUUCUUUUGACUAGCAAAAAUUUCGUUUUAUCAACAUCAUGGUGUAUCUAGUAUUAAGUACCUUUAUUCUUACACUGUAUUUACUUAUUCAUUUCAAAUGAAAACAUCAUCUGUAGAGUGAAUGCUUGAACCCCAUAUGUAAAAGAAGACUAUGGAAAAGAUUAAAAGUUCAUAACUUCUAGGAUAUCUAAGAAGGAAAUAGACUUCAUGAUACAUACUUUUCAUGGGUUCACAUCAAAAUUAAAAGCAAAUCUGAGCCUAGUGGCAAAUUGUUUGAUGGUAGCCACUUCUGAGUGAUGUGCAGGGGGCUCUGGGAAGUGGCCGAAACCUUUCCCUUCUGCGUCCUCACCUGGUUUACUUAGAGCGCGUCCAGAGAUUCCUGCCAGCUUCUGCCCGCAGGAUGAACGCUUGUUUCUUGUUCUGAUUGGCAGACGUGGGCAGCCCCAGCCUUGCUUCCUCUUCCUGAUGCUACUUCCUAGCCCGCCUGGAAGGCGGUCGUCAUGAGCUCGCAGAGGUAGCCCCGUCUGUCAGGCUUUUGGGCCUCCAGACAGCUUAGGCAUUGAGGGAUGUUUUUCCUGGAAUCAUUCUGAAGUGAGUUGGAAGUGGCACCGUGCGUGAGUUACAUUCAGGUCUGAGGCGACAAGGACGUCUCUCUCCCCCUCAUUUCCCAGUCAUCGCAGCUCUGGUGGGAUCGGCACAUCCCUGUGGGGAGAGGCACCUGUGUGAAUGCGGAAGAGCAGUUUGGUGACAGAGACUGAAUCGAAGGGACUUGCCCAGUGUAAAAUACUGACGGAGGUGCUUUCCCAAUUUUUUUUUUUUUUUAAGCCAAGCGUGGGGGUGGGGGUGGGAAUCGGCUGUUUUGGCAUAUUGCCAAGAUUCCUCUUUAAAAACCUACCAGUUUCCUUUUAUAAGUAAAAUAGGACCCCAAGCAUUUUAUAAAGUGAGAAUGUGCAACAAUUACCAGGAAAGAUAAGCUCUGCCAUAAAAGCCUUCUCCUUCCAGGCCUGACACAUACUAGGCUUAAUCACCUCCAGUAGGUUUGCAGUCUGACUCCACUAGAGGAAAGGUAGCCGUGAUUUCUCCUGGGUUUUCCUUUUCUUUGUCCUUAUUUUCAUAUACUGAGAAAAGAAAAUUGGACUCACUUGAGCAGAUCUCUAACCAAGCAUCAUGGAGUGAAGACUCAAUAGCAAACGCUUUCCCCUUAAGCUUUGUUUUUAAAGGU